CUUCAUGGGGAAGCAAACCAAAGCUUAAGCCCAGAGUUAACUAACAACCUAAGUAUAGGCUUCACUACUCAAGUACACAAACCUUGGCGGAUUUCUCAAUAACGUGUAUGGUGCAGGAUGUCGCACAGCAGGUCGUGGUACGUGCUGCAUUCUCCAGCUGCUCUCCGUGUGUGCACAUGAGUGAAUAUAGGAUCUUUAUUUGGAAAGCACUGAGUGUACUUUGGAUGCUGUCAGAACGUGACAAAGCUGAUGAGACAGCACGCGCUGAAAUUCAAGUACUGGUUUACCCCAGAUGUGAAUGCAGUAAUGCCUUUGCUGCAAUUAAAGCACGACGUGAAAAAGCUGGAAGAGGCAGAAAAAGCCGUUUACUGCGCGGUGACCGCCACGCCGGUGGGCGGGGCCCGGCCCACCGCCGCGGGGGAGGGGGUGUGGCCUGUUUCAAACGGCCCCGCCUCCUCGGUGGGCUGGGGGGCGUGACGUCAGAGCGCAGCGACGCGGUCGGUGCUUCCCGCCCGUUCGGCAGCGCCAUGUUGAAGGUAAUUCGGCUAGGGGCCACCCCUGUUAGCCUGAGCUUGCUCUCUAUCCAGGUUUAUGCUUCCUCUUCAGAGAAGGACACUUCCAAAAAGGAGUUGCUGAAAAUUGAGGAGCUGUCACUCUACUCCUCUCCAGCUCGUGAGACUAAAUAUGUGGAGAAUCCACAAACCCAAUUGGAAGAGGGGGUUUCGCAUUUACGGCAUGUUAUGGAGCCAUAUACAGCCUGGUGUCAGGAUCUUUAUGCCAAAGCUAUACCCAAAUUAGAAAAAGCUGUUGAGCAUGGUAGAGAGGGCUGUGAAUUUCUCCAAAACCCCCCUGCUGGAUUUUACCCAAGGCUUGGUGUGAUAGGCUUCGCUGGAAUUGUUGGAUUGUUUCUUGCUAGAGGCUCAAAAAUAAAGAAGUUAGUGUAUCCUGUGGGUCUCAUGGGUAUUGGUGCCUCCAUGUAUUACCCUCAGCAAGCGGUUGCUAUUGCAAAGGUUGCUGGUACACACCUGUAUGACUGGAGUCUUCAGGGAUAUAUUGCUGUAGAGUCUCUUUGGAAGGAUAAUCCUAAGAAGAAGAAAUCUGUGGAAAAAAGUGAUAAGGGUGAUGCAGAGGGUGACAAGUCCCUGGAAAUCCAUGCUGCUUCAAAUGAAGAGCGAGCCCGGAAGUAAAACACCAGAUCACUUGGCAUCAAACAGGUGAAUAAAAAAUAUAGAUAUGAGCAACAAUUUCCCAAGAAAAAGAGGAAAACCAACUGAUGAAUCCAUUUUGAUUUUGAACGUGACUAACCUGCCUCAGGAAAGACUGACGGUGUGCUGCUUGGGCUUCUGGUAUGGAAUCUGUGAAAGGACACUACGUAUUUUGGGUCAGUCUUGAGACCUUGUCCUCAGUUCUGCAGUGGGACUCAAGUCCGCCCGUGCUUGUCCCAUUGCAGCAUCAGCAUUGCAAGUGGCAAGUCUCUAAAUUACUCAGUCUCUUGUUAUUAUUUGUAUAUAAAAUAAAAUUCCAGUUAGACAAAAUGGUCCUGGUUUUUUCCCCUCCUGUUUCAUUAAACCCAUGUAUGUGACAUUUGCACAGUCUGUGAACGGUUCUCGAGAUGCUGUUUACAAUGGUGUAUUUUUUAGCAGUGAGGAAAAGCUUAAAGUAGCAUGAUGUUUUGGCUAACAUUAGCUAAUAGAAUUACGAAUGAGAACAAUUA